UGGGAGGCAGCAGAUUCUCCAAAGUGCUCCUAACCUAAGGAUAUACAGCAGCAGCAGUAGGAGGACAGUGGUGCUGAAGAUUUCUUACCCCUUUUUGGAACUCCAACUCACUCAACUGCAUGCCGAAAAUGGAAGUAAGAGUAUUGAGCAUCCUCAUCCUCCUGGUGGCCUUGACAGCUGUUCAUGGUAGUGGUUCAUAUAUAGUGAAGAAGGUAAUGAAGGUCUCCCCCCAAUACCAGCCCUACUCUGUGAAGAGCCACGUGGUGUCAGUGGCAGGAGAGCCCGGUACCCCAGGUGAGCCCGGCCCAGAGGGACCACCUGGCCCACCUGGCCCCGCAGGGGAAAGAGCUGUGGGACAGCCCGGACCAGAGGGCCCUGCCGGACCACCAGGACCUGCUGGCUACUCCGCACCUGGCAAAUCUGGCUCUCCGGGUGGUCCUGGUAAGCCUGGUGUUCCUGGUGCAGCUGGCGAGAAAGGAAAGGUGGGGGCAGCUGGACUUCAGGGUCCCAGGGGCAUGCCUGGACCUGCUGGAAGCCCCGGACCUGCUGGAAUCUCUUCCACCGGCAUACCUGGACCUCACGGUCUGCACGGAGCAAUGGGACCAAGGGGGGAAACAGGUCUUAAGGGGCAUCCAGGUGUGCCUGGUUCGUCAGGAGCUAAAGGGGACAGAGGAGUGGGUAUCCCAGGGGCACAAGGUGAGACAGGGGCUGUGGGACCUAUGGGACUUGCUGGGCAGCCUGGAGCAGUCGGUGUUGGAAAGCCAGGCAAGCCAGGAUUCCCAGGUGAGGCAGGAAAGUCAGGUAGCCCAGGUAGGGAUGGGGGUGCUGGUCCCAUUGGAUUGCCAGGUGCUAAGGGCCACACUGGGGUUCCUGGUGUAGGUCAGCCCGGAAAAUCAGGUGAUAAUGGGGCUCCAGGUAUGCCUGGUUCAUCUGGUCCUAAAGGUCAUCAGGGAUCAACUGGAGCAACUGGUGCUCCUGGUAUCCCAGGAUAUGGAAAGCCAGGAGCAAAUGGACAGAAAGGUGAAAGGGGAGUUGUAGGAAGCACAGGUACAACAGGUCAGAAGGGUGAGCCAGGAGCACAUGGAUUCACUGGAGCUACUGGUGCUACUGGGCCCAUGGGUCCUGCCAGUCCUCAGGGUGCAAGAGGCUUCCAGGGAGAUACUGGGGAAAUGGGUCCCAAAGGUGACACAGGUGCAAUGGGACCCCAGGGACCAAAGGGAUAUAAGGGAGAUCAGGGAGCACAAGGUUUCCAGGGCAAGCAAGGUUAUACUGGGGCAACAGGGCCAACUGGUGCCAGUGGAGCCACUGGAGCUCCAGGUAACAAAGGUGACACUGGCCACACAGGUUCAACUGGUGCUUCAGGUGUCCCAGGACCUGCCGGGCCCAAAGGUUUCCCAGGGCGCAAUGGUGAGGCAGGUGAGGCUGGAGCUGCCGGUGCCCCAGGUACCAGAGGCCCGGUUGGACCGGCUGGUUCCGCAGGUACACCUGGCCUUAAAGGACACCCAGGUCUCCCUGGCCCAGCUGGACAGGCCGCUAAGGGAAUCCUUGGCCCUCAGGGUCCCCCUGGGCUCCCUGGUAGUGAUGGUCAGGAUGGUGGCCAAGGCCCUGCUGGACCUCCCGGCCCACCUGGUCCUCCUGGCGAGGUGUUUUUCGAGAAGAGCAUAGGCAUGGGUGAGGUCAUGGUGCCUACUCUUGUCAAGGCCCCAAUGUCUGCUUUCUCUGUUUCCCUGGCUAGUCCUUAUCCUCCAUCUGGGGAACCCAUUAAGUUUGACAAUGAGGUGUACAAUGCAGAGAAUCACUAUGACACUACCACUGGGAAGUUCACUUGCCAGGUCCCUGGAGUCUACUACUUCUCAUACACCAUUCACGUGAAUGGGGCUCAUGCUCUGGUGGCUCUGUACAAGAACGUCACGCCGGUCAUGUUCAGCUAUGAUGAGUACAACAAGGGCUUCCUGGACCAGAUGUCCGGUAGCACUGUCCUUAUGCUCGAUGUGAAUGAUACAGUCUACCUUCAGAUUCCCGAUGAUGAGGCCAAUGGCAUCUUUGCCGCUGAGAACGUCCACUGCUCUUUCUCUGGGUUCCUUAUCGCUUCAACGUGAUACGGUGUCACCCAAUAACCACACAACAAAAUCUGCAAGCUAUUUAUCAAACAAGUUAUCUCCCUGUCUUUACCAACCAGGCAGUUCUCUCUUUUUUGAGGAAUAGAAGCAUCCCGAAUUGAAAAUACAAGAAGUGGGUGCUAAGAGGAAGGAAAUCUAACAAGUUAUCGGGGAUGGGGAGGCAAUCAACAAAGUUACCAAUGAUUCACAGUUUUAUUUUGUGAGUGGAGGCAACAUGUGAAAUUGAGGUGUUAUGGCUAUGUUGUGUCCUGAAAAUGUCUUACUGAUUACAGCAAGUGAUUCUUGUUUUUGUGUAUGUCUGUGUUUUUUUACAACCUUUUUUUUGGUGACCAAUCAGAUAUAUUAAUUACUUUCUGUGCACCAUGUUGUACCUGACUUCCUUGUAUGUGACUUGAAUAUUGUGAAAUGGCAAUGGUCAAAUUAACCAUAAGAAAUAAAACAAGAUAUAACACACCACAAAAUACUGACAUACAAAUGUAAAUUGCUUACCAACAACAUUGUUAUAUCUCCAAAGAUGAAUGUCAUAUAAAGCAAAAUUACCAAAAUAAAUGUCUU